AUGUAUUUCGUGGGAUUCCUUCCUCUGGAUGGGAAAAGGGCAAGCACUCUAUCUUGGCUGCUCAUCAUGUUUUUGAGUAUGGAGAUGUCAGAGCUGACACCACCGCAAGGCUUUAGAUAUGCCUCUUAUGAGGUGACCAUCCCAAGGAAACUGGCUCCCAGAUAUGGAAAAGAAGAAUAUCAAGGAGUCACCUAUCUUUUGCAGAUUGAAGGAAAAAACCAUAUUCUGUAUUUGAUGCAGAAAUGGGGUCUGGUCCCUAAGCAUUUCCCUGUCUUCACUUACAAUAAAAUUGGGGACCUCCAGGUGGACUAUCCAUUCAUCAGGGAUGACUGCUUUUAUGAAGGUGCUGUGCAGGGUAAACCUUCUUCACUGGUCACACUCAGCACUUGUUCAGGAGGACUCAGGGGUGUCCUGCGAUUAGACGAUGAGAUAUAUCAAAUUGAGCCUGUUUGGACAUCUGAUAUCUUUCAACAUGUGGUGUAUCGCUUGGAAGAGAAGGAAGAUGCAGUUCAUAUGAUGUGUGGCCUAACAGAGGAAGAGCAAAAACGACAAGAGUCCAUGAUGUAUAAUUUAGAGAAUGCUGUGGCAAAUGUUGAUUCCAGAAGAAGCUGGGGGAGACACAUUAGAUAUGUGAAGGUGGCUGUUGUAGUGGAGCAUGAACGAUUUGUGAAGUUUGACAAAAAUGAAACACUUACUGCACUACAAGUUCUAGAUGUUGUGCACACUGCAAAUUCAUUGUAUGACCCACUUCCUCUUCAGUUGUCUAUAGCUGGACUUGAGAUCUGGUCCAUAAAAAAUCUCAUAAAAAUUUCUGACACCAUAAAUGACACACUAUUGUCAUUCACACAUUGGAGAAGAGACUCCCUUGCUCAACGUCUAGAGAAUGAUGUUGGUCACUUAUUUGUAUAUAAGACCUUUGGAACUAUGCUUGGAUUGGCAUAUCUAGGAACAAUUUGUGAUAAGAAUUGGGGAUCUGCUGUUGAAUCCUAUGAGACUUCCAGUUUGUUUCAUUUUUCUAACACAUUUGCUCAUCAGUUAGGACAUGUUCUUGGCAUGAAACAUGAUAAAGCAUACUGUGAGUGUAAUCAGCGCAGUAAUCAGCACAGUUGCAUUAUGGCCCCAUACCAGGAGCACAGUGAUAUGUUCAGUAAUUGCAGUUAUAAAGAUUAUUUGAAACUAAGGAAUUCACCGUGCCUGCUAAUUCAACCAGAAAAAAAAUAUACAUUCAAAUACUGUGGAAACAAAGUAGUGGAAAAUGCAGAACAAUGUGACUGUGGUUCAAAAGUUGAAUGUGAAUCAGAUCCAUGUUGCCAGUAUAAUUGUAUGUUGCGUUCAGGUGCUUCUUGUGCUUCUGGAUACUGCUGUGCCAAGUGUCAAUAUCUUCCAGCUCAAUCUAUUUGCAGAGAGAAGACUGGCAUUUGUGAUCUUCCUGAGUACUGUAAUGGGACUUCAGAGUGGUGUCCUGAUGAUGUUUAUGUGCAAGAUGGUACCCCAUGCAGUGAUGGCACAUUUUGUUAUCAUGGGAAUUGCACUACUCAUAAUGAACAGUGUAAAAUUAUUUUUGGCAAGAAGGCGAGAGUUGCUUCGGAGAGUUGCUUCAAAAAGAUUAAUGCUAAAGGUGAUCGCUUUGGUAACUGUGGAGCUAGAAAUGGAGCUUAUAACAAAUGUAAUGCUGAGAAUAUUCUAUGUGGCCGAAUUCAAUGUGAUGAUGUGGAUAUCUUGCCUUCUUUAGGAAAACAGAACACUAUCAUUCACUCAUAUGCUGACAAGGUUCAGUGCUGGGGUACAGUUCACCAAGGAAAGGAGGCAGCUGAUAUUGGAGCAGUGAAAGAUGGCACCUCAUGUGGCACUGAUAAGAUAUGUAUUGAAGGACAAUGUGUGAAUGUGUCCCUCUUGAAAUAUGACUGCAAUGUCACCAAAUGUCAUAAUCGGGGAGUAUGCAACACACACAAACAUUGUCACUGUAAUUAUGGCUGGGCCCCUCCUGACUGUCUAAAUAAAGGUUAUGGUGGCAGCAUUGACAGUGGACCCCCUCCACCAAAGAAGCAUAAUAUGAGUUUUGCGAGAAUAGUAAUUAUUGUAGGAAUUGUAUAUAUUUCUUCUAUUGCUGUUGUGUGGGCAGGCGUGAUAGUGUAUUUUAGGAACAGGUUGAUAGAUCAAUUUAGAAGGCUGAGGACAAGAUAUCACCCAACAGAUUUAAGUCAGGAAGAAAUCGCACAGUAG